AGCCAAAAACCCUGCCGUCCCUCACCUGAAAUUGAAAACCCCUUCCCUCCUUCAUCAUCAUCAUCACUCCAAUUGAGCCCUUUCGUUUCCGAGAAAAUGAAGUCCCACAACUCCAACACACCAAAAAAUUUCCCAUCACUCAAACUACCCCCUCAACUCAAUCCCCAGCUCCAAGAAGCCUUCUGCAACCUCCAAAACCAUUGCUCCAAUCUCCUCCAACACCUCCCAAACCCCUCUUCCCUCAAAACCCACUUUCAAUCCGCUCUCUCCAACCUCCAAAACCACGCAAUACAUACUCUUGACCCUUCUUCUUCUUCUUCUUCUUCUAACAAAAACCCCGUUUGGGCUCGAAUUGCCAAACCCAACAAUUCCCAGUUCACGGCUGUUCGCCAAUCUGGUAGUGUCGGCGGCCUGUCGACUGAGGCCAUUGAAGAGCGGCUGGCGGGCGUGCCUGUGUACGCGCUGAGCAAUGCCUCUGAAGAAUUCGUGUUGGUUUCGGGUGUUUCGACCAAGUACAAGAAAUCUCUGGGGCUGUUUUGUUUCAAGAAGGAGGACGCUGAGGCGCUUCUUGAGCAGAUUAAGAGCUUGGAUCCCAAUAUGCAAACUGGCUCCAAAGUGGUUGCUGUUGCUCUCAAUAAGGUUGUUCAGUUGAAGCUUGAUGGGGUGGCUUUCAGGCUGAUUCCGGAGUCUUCACAAGUCAAGAAUGCGCUUAGGGAAAUGGAAAAGAUUGGUAUUUCUGAUGAUGGCUUUUCGGGUGUUCCAGUUUUCCAGUCAAGGAGUUUGAUACUGAAGAGCCAAAACAAGAGCUAUCGUCCAGCUUUUUUUAGAAAGGAAGAUUUAGAAAAUUCCCUACUAAGAGCUUCCCGCCAGCAGAAUCAAAUAAAUCCUGCUUUCAGACGGGGGGAUAUUCAGGUUGCAGUUCUUGAGGAGGUACUCAAGGGGAUGAAGGAAAGCUCAACUUCGAAGUGGGAUGACAUUGUUUUUAUACCUCCUGGUUUCGAUGUUUCUACUGACCCUACCCAGCAUUAGGCAACUAUAAAUGUGUAGGUCAUGGCAUCUUUAACUAGAUAAUCAAUUCAGUAAAUAUUUUAUGAGUUGUAUACUUUUUUCUAUUUCUUUUUUGUUUUUAAUUUAAAUUUUAGGCAUGUCAUUUCAGAGUUAUCUUCUAAUUGAGUUCUACCAAUUAUUAAUGGCUUGGUCUUGAAUUUUUUUAUUUUUAGGCA